GUGGAAUAUUGGACAAGACUUCCUCGCGCGUCCCGCUCGCGAUGGCUUUGCAUGCUGUUUCGUGAAGCGUUGUGAUAAUAACUCACGACCCGGCGUCAAGUGCUUGAUCGCGGCAACCCCCAGCAGCAAACUAAACAAGACGUACAAGGUGUACAAGAUGCAGUUUUCGGUUGUCCACGCCGUUACCCUGCUCCCCCUCGUCGGCUCCUCCGCGGCCAAGACCAUCACCGUCACCGCCGCGCCCGCCAUCCCCUCCGACGAGCCGCAGUUCAAGACGACGCACCUCUUCACCUCGGCCAUCCUCAACAGCACAAACGUUUACCGCGCGCAGCACAACGCCAGCGCCGUCUCGUGGAACGACACCCUCGCAGACUUUGCCUCCGACUACCUAUCUUCUUCUUCUUCUUCUUCAUCCUCUUCAUCGGCAUCAUCAGACGCAGACUCAUCCAGCGGCGAUGGUGGCUGUCGCCAGUUUGCGCACUCGGGGGGGCCGUACGGCGAGAACCUCGCCAUGGGGUACCCCAACGCGACGGCGAGCGUCGCGGCGUGGGGCGACGAGCGCGAGAGGUACGACUUUGGCGAGCAGGGGUUCGGCGAGGCGACGGGACACUUCACGCAGCUGGUGUGGAGGAACACGACGGCCGUGGGGUGCGGGCGCAGGCUGUGCGGCGAGAAGGGGUGGUUUCUCGUUUGUGAGUACUGGCCGCGCGGGAACGUCGUCGGCGAGUUUGACGAUGAGGUGGGGAGGAGGGUGGAGGGUGCGGCGGCGGCGGGGGGGAGGAGGCCGGGGGUGGUGAGGGUGAUGGGUUUCGUGGCGGGCGUGACGGUGUGUGUGGUGGGUUGGUGAUGCGCUCUGCUGCUGGCUAUGAAUGUCUACUGGGCGGUGGAUGCUGUUUGUCGUUGCGAACUCGUUGCGGGCAACGUGUUGGACGAAUGCGGUAUGUCCUACGUUUUACACUUGGCCGGAUAGGCACUUGAGAAGGCGGCCGCAUAGCGAGCUGUCUGUUACCAGGAGGGGAAGCCGAGUAUCGUAGAAUGGUAAGGUACGGCGUCAUGUUAUAAUCGCACAUACGCAACUGAUUUUAUA